CAGUUUCCUGCUGCUUGGCUUCCUUACUGUCAAGUGGCAUCAGUAAACUUCCUCGGUGGGAUCAGUUGGGCGAUUUCAUUGAGUAUUUCGCAAAUUCGCUUUACCCUAUAUCAGCUGUCUCAUUUUGUUGUUGUAUUGCGUUUAAGUUUUUUACUGUGUGGACGUAAUUCACCACGAGUAUUGACCGUGUGCUUCCGUCAGAUGUCGCGCUGCGGCCAAGACUCCAAAAGACUCCUACUCGCCCCUAAGCCUAAUAGUCGUGCGAGCAAGAAGCGUUGGAUACCCCAAUGUACCGCUGUCACCAGCCCCUCCACCCGUUUUAUUUUUGUUUUGUUCUGUCGGUAAGGCUGCAAGCUUCAAUUGUGUUCACUGAUACAUUACUUUCAGCGAUCUGUUUUUAUAGUCGUGCGUCACGCCGCAAAAUUAUGGCUCGCGCUCGGUAGGCAAGUCCGUUAUCACACCGAUGGUGUCGUCAAAACAGUGCCGACGUCGCGAUUUCCACCUCUGCCAGCGCUGUGCGAUAGAGCGUCAGUCAACGUAAGCUUGCGAAACUUGUAUCGUUUUCUUUUACAGUCUUUUUCAGUCCAUGUUAGUGCGGUACAGUUAUUGCUCAUGAUCUUUUGGUUUCGACUUCCGAGUCUUGUUCAGUAAGCAGAGACGUCAUUUGGGUUUGUGGCUUUCGUUGCGCUUGCUCAUCACUUCAACCCUUUCGCAUUCCUGGUUCGCUUCGAUGGCAGUCGCUACAAGAAGCGUGCAAGUUCGUUCCAGCGCAAAAUGAGACCGAUGCGUGCGUCACUCCUCCAAAUUGCGGCACUCGGCUUGGGUCGUCCCCGCAUCUCACGCCACUGACAGUGAUCGAACAUCGCCCGCAUGACGUGGAACGGUCUAAGUUUCUAGAGUAGGGUCAAAUGGCUCCUCGCGCGGGCUUUGCCAGUGGCAGUGUUAUGAACUUUGCUGAAAACGCUCACUGCAGCUACGUAAUGCACAAACUUAGGCAGCAGCAAGAGAGAGGGCGCUUUUGCGACAUUGUGCUUCACGUGGAAGGCCGCCAGUAUCGGGCACACCGCAGCGUGCUGGCUGCCAGCAGCCCUUACUUUGACUCGAUCCUACGAAUGCAGAAAGUGGCAGUGGAGCACCUCAGCAUCUCCUGCCAUAACCAAGCCGCCUUCCAAUCAUUCCUUCGGUACAUGUACUCUGGCUGUGUCAGUGUUCACCGGGGAAAUGUCGCAGAGCUCCUGCAGCUGUCAAACCACUUCCUCAUCUUCAAGCUCAAGAACUACUGUGCUGAGUACUUGGAGCACAACCUCAAUCUGGCCAACUGCCUCGCCGUCAGGGAGAUGGCAGAAGCCAACAAUGUUCCUACAUUGCUCAAGGCCGUGGCAAGUUUUGUAAGCGAGAAUGUGGAAGAUGUCCUCAGCGACCCAAGGCUACUGCGGCUUGACAAGGAGCGGUUCGUGGCCUUCAUCUCUGAUCGAAGGCUAUGUCUACCACAGGGCGCACCACUGCUGAACGUAGUGACACGCUGGGUCUCACAUGACCUGGAAGAGCGAGAAGGUUGGCUCCGUCUCCUGCUCACAUUUGUUGACUGGGCCGCCGUCGACCAGAACACACUUUCUCAGUGUCUAAGCCGUGACCCUGUGUUUAAGCUCAGUCGCCGGUGCCUCCAUUUUCUCCUCGAGACAUUAGACAGUAACAUGGUGGAGGCACCCAAGUGCAGUAGUGCAGACAAGCGGGAACAGCUGCGGCUGGAGUUCUCGCACCCGCCAGAGAGCGACAUGGAGAGUUUUAUGAACCUUGCCGUCUCUGCAGCCAUCGAAGCUCUGUGCGCGGAGAUGUCGGGGGAGGCACGGGGCUCGCCUGGCGCUGUGAGGUCGGCAGCAGAGGACGACGACGACGAGACGCUGUCGUCAGAUGACUGUGGCGAGCUGCUGGACGAAGAUGACGGCAGUGAAAGUGUGCUGGGGAUGGGUGAGGACGUGGUGCAUCUUCACCAACAGCAGGCAGCUAUUGAGGACGAGAACAGCACAGAAGGUGAGAGUGACGAAAAACAUCACAUACUGCGGAAUCUGUUAGUUGGGACUGCAGAGGCAGAAGGCGUGAAGACCUCAGAGCCUGAAGCCACUACAGACGACUCGAGCAAUGGACAAACGGGAAAGAUACCAUCCUCCGUUUGGAAAGAAGGUGUCAAGUGUGAGCACUGCAGCUAUGUUAGCUAUGGCGCUGCAAGGCUGGAGCAGCACAUUGCCAAGGCACAUGGCAAAGGUAAAACGUAUGACUGCCCCCUGUGCACGUUUACGUGCAAGUGGAACCGCGAGUACUACACCCACAUGAAGAACCAUUUCAGCAGCGACGGUCAGGGGCCCUUCCAGUGCGACUCUUGUUCAUACAAGUGUGAGAGGAUACAGCUGUUGCUCCUGCACCGCAUGAGGCACACAGACGAGCGGCCAUACCAGUGCGGUGCAUGUGACUACCGGUGCCGGCAGAAGACCAACCUCGUGGCCCAUAUGCGCUGUCACACUGGUGAACGUCCGUUUGUGUGCGACUUGUGUGGGCGUGCCUUUGCACUGAAGUGCACCUUGGAACAGCACCUGCAGAGCCACCGCAACGACCGGCCUUACCUCUGUGACGUGUGUGGCUUCACUGCCAAAUACCAGUCUCACCUGCUGUCCCACCGUCGGCUGCACACCGGAAAUGUCUUCCGCUGCCAGUUUUCAGGAUGCACAUAUGUUUCUCCAAAACGCAGCCAACUGGAAGCCCACACACGGACCCACACAGCGGUGCGGUCGCAUGUGUGUGCUGUGUGUGGUCGUGCCUUCAUCGAGCGCAGCCACCUGGUUCGGCAUGAGAGGAUACACCUCGAUGACAAGCCGUUCAAGUGCCUUGAGUGUGACUACACUAGCUCACGCCGAGACAAGCUUAAAGAGCACCACGAGAAGCAUCACGGUGAAAAUGCCACUGCCAAGGCACCCUACAGGCCACGUAAGACAUCUAGUAAUGUGGGGCAGAUGUUGGUCGACUCGGCACAGCUGAACCUCGAUGACCCCUACGUGUCAACAGACUCGCAGCUCGAUUCAAUGGAUCCCGAAAACCGCUAUCUCGUAGUUCAGAUGCAGGCAUCGGGACUCUCACUGUCACAGGUCCAGGCACUUCAGUCACACUCCAGCCUGGACGACUCGUCUAGCAUGAUGUUUGUGGACCAGCAGAGUUCACUCCUAGAUGCACAGCUGGGGGACCUUGGUGUAGACAAUACUGAGGAAAUCUUAUCGGUAGCUUUGAAUGAACCUCUGAACUCCUCCUCUGAAAUCAGUGCCACCUCCUCAGAACUCAGUAACGUCAAUUCGUUAAUGCGUUCUUUUAAUUUAAUUUAUGAAAACUGAAACAAACUGGUCAUAAGUCAUUGGGUUGUUUCAUGUGAGUGUGCUGCAUGCAGACAUGGCUCUUUUCAUGUCUAGUGCUUGUAAUUAACGUCAGUCUUGGGUAGCAUUCAAGUGAGAGAUGUGUAAUGUGUGUGUUUGUGUGCAUUCUUUAUCAUGUUUGCAAGGUUCACAGCAUGAGUUUGAGAAGUGUGAAUAUAUUCUUUCAUUUUACACAUGUACUAGUUACUGUAAAAGGCAGCGACAUUCACUAUGACAGCUUUAAUAUAAACCAGCCUCUCAUGUGCCAAGGGAUAGUGAGUGGUUAGUGUACACCAGUAUAGCUUGUGGAGCCAACAGCCUUGUAUAGUUUCCGCAGUUAUGCUUGGCACCAUAGGCUUUCCAAGGAUUGCGAGUUGACUAUACAGUGCUUUAAUAAAUCCAGUGAUGCUAGUCCCAACUCUCACCCCCCAUUUUCGUAAACACACCUUGACUGCUUCCUCCUUGACUUUGCUGAAUAGAGAGCAGUACUGCAUCUGUAGAUCGUCUAGCCUAGAACCCUUCUCUGCACAAUCAGUGUCGCAUCUUCAGCAGCAUGUGAUCUGCUUCAGUUGUGACCAUCCUGUAUUGUGGGCCAUGUGUCUGUAGGAGCAACAAAGCAUCACUUUUAUUGUAUUUAGAGUCGGUGACAUGAGUUGUAAUUGCUUCCUUGAUGUCACUCCACCAGAUAGCAUGGGUGGAUGAUCUGCAAGUAACUGCUCAGAGAAACGUAAUUGAGCUGCAGGUACUGCAGUCGGCUAUGGGUCAAGAAUGCGAAAGAGGCUCCUCCCAAAUGUGCUCGAUGCACCUGCCCAUCACACCUCAGCACUUCAGGACAUUGUGUGCAUACUGAUACCACUGAAGCAUUGUCCCUACUAUUGCCCCAGUUUUUUAGUAACCAGGAUCUUGCCAGUCACGUGCCACACAUUAAGACAGCCAUCGCAAAGUGUGUGGGCAAAGAAAGCUAGGAGCACAAAGAGUCUGUUUAAUUAGGAAUUGGGAGGAAGCGGGGGGGGGGGGGGCUGCCCUCCUGUGCAAAUUGAUUCUUCACGUGCCGAUUGGCGUGUCAAUUUCCGUUUCUUGGUCCACGAGAAAUAUCCGUAUACAACUGGUACAUAACACCAGAGCAUGCCAAAGUGUCACCAUCUAGUGCGCACACAUUUGACAAGUGCGCAAGUGUUGCACAGUUUUCAUCUACACUGCCUGCCAACCUGCAACUGUGCAGCUGGGAUAACUGACCACGUCCACUUUGCAAUUUCAUGGGUUCUGGUGCGGCAGUUCUUGAGCAACACUUUCAAAGCUUGUGCUUGAACUUUAAUCCUGUGCUCUUGCAAACCGCUAGAAUAACUCUUGUUCAACUCUGUCAUUAACCAUAACCUCCUUCCUGCAUCUUUACAAUGUUUGCCCAAUCUCCGAAAUGCAUGGCAGCCAUUGUGCUUGCAUUUUGCUUGCAGUUGCUAGAGCAGGACAACGUUCUCGUAACUGCCAACUUUAUGAUGUUAUUGUAAAAUGCCCCAUUUUUUUAAAACCCGGUUUACUGAUUGUUGUAUUGACAACAAUUAUUUAAUCUUUAUCUGUGUGAAGUUUAGGGCAAGAUUAAUUUCUCGGCCUUGUUUUUCAGCCUCCAGGAUUAUUUGUACCUACCCACAGCUGCACCACCUGCUAGUUAAACCAGGCAACUCAAUUUUCAGCCCUCAUUACAUGAAUGUCUCGAGAAUAAAGUUCUUAAACAUAUGUAUAUCUGUGGCACAGGUCACCCUUGCUACGACUAUACCAGGUUUGGCGUAGUAGUUUGAAGAAGCCUGCAAUGUGGAGAGAAGUAAUUCAUAAAGGAAGUUGCUACAAAUUGCUAUGGCAAACUCUUACCUUUGCUUCGAGUUGUUCAUAAAUUUGACUUCGCCCUGCCAUCUGCUAGCCGCCUGGUUAGCUCGGAUGGUAGAGUGGCUGCCCCGGAAAGGCGGUGGUGCCGGGUUCAAGAAUUUUUCUUCAACUGCGAGGCUUUUCUUUCGAGGAACUCGUAUGGGUUUCCUUUGUAGCAGUUGCUACAAUUGGGUGGAUGUCUGGUAUUCCCUUUAUUGACUAUACCAGGUGUUUUUUUUUUAACUAUACAGAAUAUUAAAACUGCCUCUGACAGCACAAUUAUAAUCAUUGAACUGGAUCAAAGAUGCACACAUUACUUGCACUAAAUCAAAAAAAUGCAUAAUUCACCAACAAGAAGUUCUUUUAACCAAUUACUGUACAGCACGUAUUGCAAUUUAUAAACUAGUCGGCAAGGCAUACAGAGUUGGAACUAAUUAUAAGGAUGGCACUGGUUUUGAGAUAUGUGCCAUCAAACUUGCAGUAAAUGUGCGCCAUUGUUCCAAAUAAUGAAAGAAAACAUGUUAUGCAUUCAAGCAAAAAAGUAACUAGAUUGCCAGUGUAUUUUGUCUCAAACUUCAAGAAUUAAUAUCUCACGACUCGUGUCAUCCUGACAAUUUGUUCAACAUAGAUGCGUAUGCCUUGUAAACCCACCGACUACCAUUUGUAAAUUGCAAUAUGUGCCGUAAAUCAAUUAGUAAAAAUGGAAGUGGCAAACUUUUUAAAUUAUUGAUCAUAUAGUUCAACUUUUCAAGCAAGUCAUAUCUGCGUUCCGAGUAAUCCAACAAAAACCAGAAUUAUGCUACCGUGAAUUAAGAAAUCUUUUUAUACUAGUCUAAAGAAACCUGGAGGAGCGGAGUGUAGUUGGGCAGAAAGUAGACACCCUACAGUCUUGCGUCCCGGCGCAGCCAACUUGACCGGCAACAUUCGGCGCACUAUGACAGUGCCGACAUGACAAUAGAACAUGCCUAUCUCACGCCGGGACGACUUGAUCAGGAUGCACCACGCACUAUCUUGGCUAUCCAAUGGCACUCCGGCCUUCAGUUCAGGUACACCGAGUUUGCACCUUCGCCAAAGAAAAAAAAAAGAAAACUCGUUCGCAAGCCACAAUCGCUGCACCAUGCUAAACAAGACGCAAAUUUCCGCUGCUCCUGGCAUUGACGGCAUGACAUGUUGCCGGCCACUGCCUGGCACAUUAGAUUAUAUGUGUGCCUUUAGUGUCGGCAGGUCACCAUUCUCCACAGUCUGUUGCAGGUUCACUUUUGCAUGAAACUGUAGAGCAGUGGCAACGUGUUCUGAAUGGAUGUCUCCGUAACCGCAUCCCCUAAGCUGCGACUAACAAAGUGGUGUAGUGCAAGUGACAAUCCUUUCUCUCUCACCCCCAUCAAAUGCCUCUGGCUAUGGUUCAUAAAAUUGUAGGCCUGAGCUAAGCAAGUGGAAGAUUGUGUUGCAGUGCCUGUGGGAUGAACACCCACGCACUAUGAUAACUGGUACUCCUAGCAUAAUUGCAGCAUUCAAUCUCAAUGGCCAAGGUUCAGUUGCAGGAUGCAACAGUUUCAUGUUAUGUGCCCAUACAUUAACAGUGGACGCAGACGGUUUCCUAGACAGGUCACUGGAGGAAAUUCCGGUGCUAGUAUCUAUGGGAGCUGCUAGUUCGACAGUUCAGCCAGCACGGGGAAUGAUGGAAAGUACAUGGAUUUGCCUAAACUUCGUCUUUCUGGCUUCCAUUGACUUCGCAAAUUGGCCAGUUUAUUGUGAUAGCAAUUAUAUGGACACUCCAGACACGUUUAACAUUACGGUCGUGAUGUUACAUAUAAAGCCCUAAGGCAAUAACUCCAUCGCCAUGCACUGUAUGCUGUAUGUGUAAGAGAAAGUGUGAGGGUGAGCCAAUGAUGAUGGCUCAAUCUCGCGUGCGCAAGGCAGGGAAGCGAGGCAUUGUACUUAAGCAGCAACUUCAUAUGGCGUGAUUGCAUGAGCUUUAUCUUGAAAGCAAUCUGCUUUGGUGGCCGAGUCUAGGUGGGCCGACUCAGUUUGCGUUGAAGCAAUAGACAGCAUGAAGGUCACUUCACUCGCUCAUGCCAGCGUUUUGACAAUGUCUGCAGCCAUUAAGUGUGCACGUUUGCCUGCGUGGGCGGACACCAUGCUUGUUAGUUUAGUUUGUAAGUAUUUACAAGUUUAUAUAUAAGUCCGACAAAACUACUAUCCUUACUUAUUAUGGCUGUCUACUAAUUUGCUAUUGUAAUCGAUGCUUCAACUUGAGAAACUGACUUUUUAAACAAAACAUUGCAGCAUAAGUGGUGCCUAAAACAUGGCCACAUGGCUCCAGAAUCGCUUUCGGUGCAUGCAAUUAGCUGCAGCAUAGCCUUUGGGACCGGCUUGUUACCCAUAAAAAGCAAUUCGGGCAUGGAUUUGGACACCACCUAUUAAUUCACAAUGACUAUGCAUGGGUGCAGGAACUUGAUGCAUUUACAAAAAUAUGAGCACUUGGAAAUUUGUAACGCGUAAUAAACUAUGCAACAAGAAUGUCUGAAAUCACAAGCAUGAAGACUGGACAUCCAUGUACUUGCACAUUAUUCCCAUAGUAACUGAAGGUCAGCAUUGUCGGAGUUCCCUCUAGUGCUUAGGGUACGUUUUUGGUACAGAGAUACUCUGUUUCACAAUUAGCAGAGAAGCCUAGUAAGACUUCUCUCGCUGUUUGCACCUGCAACCAAGGAAUAGUGCUUCACUUGUGUUAAGACAGAUAUGCAUCACACAGUUUUACAUAACAUUGUCUUGUACUUUCGUGUUGCAGAAAUUGAGUUUUAUACCGAAUGAGUGGAGCAAUAAGUUUCUAUGGCAACAAUGCAUCACGGCUAAAACAUACGUUGUCUACUCGGAAGAACAAAGGUGCACAAAUAUUCAAUUUGAUGUAAUCUUGCGCCCGCAUGUUGCAAUGCUACAUGAAGUACUUGUACUGUAGAAAGUGUCGCAAAUCAAGAACUAACGUACUACCAACCGCACAAAGUGAAACUUGUAUGGCUGCACUACUUGUGUAGCACUAUCUGCUAACUAUGAAAUAGAGUAUAGCAUGUAGCUUGAAAAUGGUAUGAACUUCUGUCCUUUCACUAGCACAUUCAUGAUUCUACACACGGUUGCAACAUACCUCAUGCAAAUGCUCUGACAAGAGCCUAUGGAUUUGUUGGCCGGCUCUUACAUGUGUACCGUCGGGAGCGGUGAAGAAUGUCGGGUGGCAACAGCAUUUGGGCAGAGUAAAUGGUGCUAGUUGUGUGUCUAAGGAUUUAUACUGGCUGUAUGUCGGUCCAACCAGUACUGAGCCAAUGGCCUUGCAUAGCCUGCCAAGACCAUGUGGCACAUUUUACUUGGCCCCAUUUGCAACACACAACACCAAUCGCAUGAUCACUGAGGAAGGUGCAGAAAAUUUCACACCAAGUAGUAAGCAGCAAAGCGAUACACGGUCACAAUCUUGGCUGUUUUGCUUUGCCACAAUGACAGUGAAAUUAGGCUUUUCCAUUCCACGGAACAAUUCGAUGUAUACGCUUUUUAUGAAGAUUUAUUUGCACUAUCAAAUUUAAUGGUGGCUUGCUUGGAACUGGACUUUCAUUUAUAUGUGCAAUUUAUAAGAGCUGUCCAGCUAACAUCGCCCUCAUUCCAGCUAUUGCCAUGAAAUAUUCCAAUUGCAUUGGUCCAAUUUUAUUGCUGCUUAUCUUGUCAUUUUGAAUGGUUCACUUGUGAAUUUAGAAUGGUGGUGGUCUCAUUCAGCCAUGUCAGCAUUGCAUAUAUUUGAUAUGCUAAGAAAUGUGCUGCUGAAGAGUUUCUACAGAUAUGCCCAUGCAAAAGUUGCGUGCUGCUGCAAAAGAUAUCAGUUGGUGUCGUAUAGAGAAGGUGCAAGCUUAUGAUAAGCUUUCACUAGCCAUGUACUGAAGCGCACUUGAAUGGCCCACGUGCGAUAGGAGUGGAAGAAUUUCCUUUUGUGCCCGUCAAAUGUCUGUUAUCUGCCUGUAAACUAGCUCCUAAGGCACUAAAUAUACAAGCUCCACACGUUACAUAAUUCAUUUUCAUACCUACCCCUCAGGUGAAGUUGUGUGUUGGCCAUUUGGGUAGUUACUGAAGUCCUGCCAUCUGAUCUCUCUAUAGUGGAACCCCUUUACGAGUUUUUUGAUGCUAUUUAGUGCCUGGUAAAAACUUGCCACACAACCUCUUAGUCACCUCAAUCUUCAACGACUUUAUACCUAAGAAAACAUCCCGAGGUUCUGCUGUGUGAAUUCUAUAUGGUCUUGUGUUACUUUCAUUGCUAUGUGGUUUCCAUGUGUCAAGAGUUUUUACAUAAGUGUGCAACACGUAUUGCAAUUCUCUUGUGAAAUUUGUGUUUUGUCAAAGUUCAGAUGUGUUUUAGCAUGUGAACUGUCAUUUCACAAGUACCAAUGGGUAAAUUAUUUGACAAAGGCUAGACCUGCGCUGCCGCCACUUCAGUGCAGUCAAAGAACAAUAAACGGUUAAUGACGGGAA